GUCGCAGCAGGAGCCGGGCGCCCUGGCUUUACCUUGACACUGGCCCCCAGCCUGGGAAACCAACGCUUAACCUCAGUCUUUGCCCAGCCAGGCCAGGCUGUCCCCCCACCACCCCCAGUUGCUGCCUUAGCCUGCUCCGGGGUGAGCACCGGGGGCUUAGGCCAGCUGGGCCACCUCCCUCCCUGCCCACUUGCCUGCCCAGAGCAGCUUCCCAGCACAGCGGAGGUGACAGGGAAGCUUCGGCAUCUCCCUGCAUGCAGCUUUGUUCUGCUUUCCCUGCCCAUGCAGGUCGCUGCUGCCAGCCGUGGGUGCCGGGGUACCGACAGCUUUCGCACUAAAUGGCCCGGGCAGAGCGUGCAGACGCCUGUUAACUGUGCUGGGCCAGACGGCAGCUCUGCCAGGCUGGCAGUGCUCCCAGAGCAAGACGGGGCCCCCCUCGACACUGGGCAAGGGGUGGGCAUGUGCCAGCUCUCAGCUUGGCACCACUCCCACAGCGCAUGGCACCGAGCCACGCUCCCUCCCUCUCUGGUGGCAGAGAUGCUUCAGCACACGUCUGUGUGCACUGGGGCUGGCACCAGCGUGGCUGCCGGCUGGGCACCUGCCCGGUCACCACAGGGGCUGUGGAAGGGACAUCCCCUCCAUGUGCCGUGUCACCCCACAGAUUGCGGUUUGGCUCCUGGGGAAGAUGUGGGGCGCUUUAGGCAGCAGAUUAUCCCCUCCUUUGGAGCGAGGCAGUGCUGGGGGGAGCCAUGUAACUCGGGCACCCACCUCGUUUCUGCCGUGUCCUGUCUCGGUAAGGGAGCCAGUCCACAGGCUGGAGCCAGGGGUCAGGCCAUGCUCUUGCCACUCUCUCUCCCCUGUAGACCCUUGCUGGGGGCUACCCCACGCCGGGCACUAUUGGGGCUGGGGAGGGGGCAGGCAGAUGCUUGUAGUGCCCCAGCUGGCUCGGCCCCCCCUCUCAUGGGGCCUCUGACCAGCUGCCCCAUCCUGGAGACCCCCUGCCCUGGUGCUGCGGGUUGAGGUCUUGGUUACAUCCCCUGGGGCACUGGUUCUGGCACUGCCCCCUGCUCUCAUAGGAGUGAGGCGUGAGGCCCCGUCCUGUGCCAGGACAGCAUUGCCCAGUCUUCUUCAGCCAGGCAGUGGGGCGGGGACCCCCAGCAUCCCUGUGCCUGGCAGCCUCCCUCACUGCUGCUGGUGAGCGCCGGCCUGGGCUCUGCCAUAGGCUUCAUCCCACUGGUGUUAGCAGAGCGGCCACCCGGCCCUGCUGCGGGGCUCACGGGCUGCAGUUUGCUUUUCCCCCCUGGUUUGUUGGUGUUUGGGGUUGCAGCAGUGUGCAGUGCCUGGACUGGACUGACCCGGGCACAGGGUCUGCAAGUAACGUUAAAUAAAAGCACCUGAAAAAGAGCCAGCACCAUGCUUCCUGUGCGGGGGCUGCGCCGUGCCAGGGCUGGGACACUCCGCCCUGCCAGGGGGAUGCUGCACCCCAUCACCAGGCACCCGGUGCCCUGUCUCCUGCCUCUACUGCGGCCGGACAGUCUGUUUGCAAUCAGCAUUGGAGUUGUGUGCGGCCGGGCCCAGCGCCAGACCAGCGCAUUGAAAAGGAAAAGCAGGAGCCGCACGGAGCCAGAGCUGGGGGAGCCGAGCUGGGACAGCAAGAGCCCGGGGAGCCAGAGCCAGGGGAGCCAGAGCUGGGACAGCAGAGCCGGGACAGUGGCUGCUGCAUCUGCACGGGCAGGAGCUCGGCACAGCAGAGCCAUGUCGCGGCUUCUCCCCUUCCUGCUCCUUGUGGCUCUGGGCUGUGCCGCCAAGCUGAAGCCGCGGCCAGUGGUGUGGGAUGACAGAGCGGACGCCCAGAAGGUGCCGGUGAAGGGCUGCGCCAACCUGACACUGGUGCUGGAUAACUGGAAGUUUGCCAUCACCUCCCAGAUGAGGAACCUGCUGCUCUUCGACCACCAGACCGUGCUGCCCGACUACGGGAGGAUCCGAUCGCUGUCGGGGGCCCUGGACGAGCUGUACCGGGACUUCAGCGCCCUGAAGGAGCAGCUGGGGCGGCUCUCGGCGCGCUUCGCCGAGGCGGAGGCCUUGGUGGACCAGCUGAGGCGGGGCCGCGGCCCCGGAGCCCCCCCGCAGCGCCGGGGGCUGCCCCAGCCCGCCCGCAGGCCCCCCGACCCCCCGCAGCAGCCGCACCGGGCCCCGGCGCGGGGGGGCACAGCACGGUGGGCGUCAGCUUGAGGGGCCUUACCAAGCCGGGGGGUCCCAGCAGCUGCACCCACCGGCGGGGCCGGGGGGGGCGGAGGGCAGGCCCGUGCGGUGCGGUAGGGCCCCGACCCCCAUUCGCUAUUAAUAAAGCCGCUACCAUUA